GAGGAGGAAGCGUGUCUUUUCCUGCUUUACUUUCUCAAAACCGCUUACUUCUGCCUGUGUGUAAAUACACACAGCGCUCACUAACUAGACAACACUUUAAGGCAUCUUGAAAGCUGGUAGUAACCAUCUGGAGGAAACAGGGAUCCAGGAAGGAGGGAACACUGACGAAUGGAGCAUGGGGAGAUCACACAGGUAAGUAGACUCAGGUAAGUAAGCAUAGUGGACCAUUCAGUCCUAGUUGAAGUAGUAGAUGAUAUAGCAGUCCUAGAUAGAGACGAGACCAGACAACCUCUGUGUGUGUGAUGCUGGCUUAUGUAGACAGGUUUGGUAAUUUUGAAGUGAGUGCAGGUGAUUACCAAGGAGGAUUGUGGUGCACUGAGGUGACAGGCAUAGUGACUGGUGAUCCUGACAGUACUCCCCCCUUCCGGAAGCCACGACCUCAUGCAAAACAGAAGGGAGGGAGGGCAGUUGUCCUGGAGCUGUGUCAAGUGACAGGCUGGUGAAUAGGGAUACACGGCCAGGUCAGGGAACCUCCAGGAUGGCACCGGAAACCUAGGAAUCUAGGGACCAUGAAGGUCCAGGUAAUUCAGGGAGCCAUGGCGGUGCAGGUAGCUCAGGAGACCAUGAAGGUGCAGGUAGCUCAGGGGACCAUGGUGGUGCAGGUAGCUCAGGGGACCAUGGUGGUGCAGGUAUCUCAGAGGACCAUGAAGGUGCAGGUAUCUCAGAGGACCAUGAAGGUGCAGGUAUCUCAGAGGACCAUGAAGGUGCAGGUAGCUCAGGAGACCAUGAAGGUGCAGGUAGCUCAGGAGACCAUGAAGGUGCAGGUAGCUCAGAGGACCAUGAAGGUGCAGGUAGCUCAGGAGACCAUGAAGGUGCAGGUAGCUCAGGAGACCAUGAAGGUGCAGGUAGCUCAGGGGACCAUGGUGGUGCAGGUAGCUCAGGGGACCAUGAAGGUGCAGGUAUCUCAGAGGACCAUGGUGGUGCAGGUAGCUCAGAGGACUACGAAGGUGCAGGUAGCUCAGGGGACCAUGGCGGUGCAGGUAGCUCAGAGGACCAUGGCGGUGCAGGUAGCUCAGGGGACCAUGGUGGUGCAGGUAGCUCAGGGGACCAUGGCAGUGCAGGUAGCUCAGGGGACCAUGGCGGUGCAGGUAGCUCAGGGGACCAUGGCGGUGCAGGUAUCUCAGAGGACCAUGGCAGUGCAGGUAGCUCAGGGGACCAUGGCAGUGCAGGUAGCUCAGGGGACCAUGGCGGUGCAGGUAGCUCAGGGGACCAUGGCAGUGCAGGUAGCUCAGGGGACCAUGGUGGUGCAGGUAGCUCAGGGGACCAUGGCGGUGCAGGUAGCUCAGGGGACCAUGGCGGUGCAGGUAUCUCAGAGGACCAUGGUGGUGCAGGUAGCUCAGGGGACCAUGGCGGUGCAGGUAGCUCAGGGGACCAUGGCGGUGCAGGUAGCUCAGGGGACCAUGGCGGUGCAGGUAUCUCAGAGGACCAUGGCAGUGCAGGUAGCUCAGGGGACCAUGGCGGUGCAGGUGUCUCAGAGGACCAUGGUGGUGCAGGUAGCUCAGGGGACCAUGGCGGCAUGGGUGGUUCAAGAAUCAUGGCGGUCUCCUUGACCACAUCAAAGUAACUUGGGGAACAGAACAUCAUGGCGGAUUCCGUAGCCGUGAUGAAGAUGCUAGUAACGGUCACUAUAAACACAACGUAAGAACAUGGACAGCAGGAGAUCCUGGCAGACUCCGUGGCUGCGUCAAGGGAAAUUGGGACACAGGAAUUAGAUUGGUCUCCAAGGCCACAACAAGGGAGUUUAAAGCACAGGGGAUCAGAUCGACCUCUGCAGCCAUGAUGAUGGGACCUUGAUCAGUCUCUGUGGCCAUGAUGAGGGAAUAUAGAUUGGCCUCCUUGGCUACAUCAGGGAAAGCAGGAAAUUCGGGGACAACCUUCUUAGUCGUAUCUGGGCAAACAGAAAACUCAGGGGUGAUCUCUUUGAUCACAUCUUAACAAAUAGGAAAUUAGGUUGCAGUGGGCUCCAAUGUAGAUUCAGGAGUUAGAGUGGGAUAAUUUUGCAUUUUUAAUGUCAUAAUUUAAAUUUAGUAUGUCAUAAUUUUGAUCUCAUAAAUAUGACCAUGAAGGUGCAGGUACCAUGAGAUCUGCCAGGAUCUCCUGCUGUCCAUGUUCUUAUGUUGUGUUAUGCCUGAUCGGUGUAUAUAUUGCCACAUGUUUUGUGAUUUACCAAAGCAUGUGGCAAAAUUGGGCUUCCAUAUAAACAACAGUGAACUUUGAACAACAUAUUUUCUUAUUUCUUUUGAUUUUGGGGUGAAAUAAAUAAUAUCUUUCUUAAUUAUAUCCAUCCAGUUACUGAUGACGAACAUCAACUCGAGAAACUCAAAAGCAAGUAGAAAUACAGACAUUAAAGUGAGAGAUGAUGAAAACAGAGAUCAUAAUGCAGAAAACAUGUUUCAUGGCACAUAAACCUGCGUGAUAUUCAGAUUAUGAGCAGUAAAUUCUCCUCUUCACACUGACUCCAGUUCGCACACGUCAUCAAAAACACACACAUUUCAUCGCAUACACAUUUAAUCGCAACACAAGCAUGUUAUAUGAUUCAGAAGUUAUUUGAGCAGAACAAACAUGCACUAGAAGAUUGUGCUGCUAUUGUUAACUAAAACAAACUAUUAAAAACAUUUAUCUAAAAUAUAACUAAAAGAAAAUGGCAAGUGUUGCCUUGCUGCAACGCCUUAAUGCAACGCAAGUCACUUUGGAUAAAAUCAUCUGCAAAAUGCAUGAAUGCAAACUUGACUUUGUUUGCAUUCCUUAUGUCUUUGAUUAUGAAAUGACCACAAAGCGAUCUGGAUCCUGAUGACAGAAUGAUUAGUAAUAAGCUGAUCUGCCGCUGACUUCCGUUGGAUCAGCAUAAUCCCCCUCGCUGAGGUUUUACUUCCUAAAUAAUGUGGCGCUGUGGUUGAUUUUGAGACUCCAGCGCUGAGACUGUCUGCCGUCCACAUCAGUACUGAAUCACUGACACUCAAAAUAGUGUUAAAAACUACUGCAGACUAUUUGUCACACAUCAGCUCUACAAACGGCUCUCAUCCACACCUCUGAUCAAGGCCACAUGCAUCUCAAUGUGAUUUUCAACAAAAUCAUUAAACACAGUUACUAAUAUAUAUAUAUAUAUAUAUAUAUAUAUAUAUAUAUAUAUAUAUAUACACAAACACACUGAUCAGGCAUGUGGUGAUAAUGCAUUAUCAGACAUUAUGAGCACUGACAGGUGAAAUGAAUAACACUGAUUAUCUCUUCAUCACAGCACCUGUUAGUGGGUGGAUAUAUUAGGCAGCAAGUGAACAUUUUGUCCUCAAAGUUGAUGUGUUAGAAAAUGGGCAAGCGUAAGGAUUUGAUUGAGUUUGACAGGUGCCAAAGUGUGAUGGCUAGACGACUGGGUCAGAGCAUCUCCAAAACUGCAGCUUAUGUGGGGUGUUCCCGGUCUAUCAAAAGUGCUCCAAGGAAGGAACAGUGGAGAACCGGAGACAGGGUC